CCAGCUCGUAAGUGUUCAACGCCUCUUGCGGGAGUAGAUGAAAAAUUUUUUUAUGACUACGAAUUUAUUGGUUAUACACCGAUUCCGAACUUUUGUAUUUUCCGUUGUAUCGACUUUACGGACUAUUAAGGGCUAGAAAGUCGAUGUAGAAUUUUUAAAGUGAAUCGGAUAAAUUUAAAAAAAAACUAGAUUUUCCCGCAAGCAUGGAAGUUGCAUUGCACAAAGUUGAGCUACACGCUGACGUUUAUAUGGUCUGUCUGCAACAUGCCUUGUCGACAGAAAAUUUUGAAGUUAUGGGAUUGCUGAUUGGAAAUCUGGAGUCUGGAAUCGCCAAUGUAUCUGCUGUGAAAAUACUGCGGCGAUCGGACAAAAAAAAAGAUCGUGUAGAAAUAUCAUCGGAACAAGUUUUGAAAGCAGCUGCGGAGGCCGAACGACUGACGAUUGAACUUAAUCGCCCGAUGCGUGUACUUGGCUGGUAUCAUUCUCAUCCACACAUCACAGUUUGGCCUUCUCAUGUCGAUGUUAGAACACAAGCCACGUAUCAGACGAUGGAUCAUGGAUUUGUGGGUUUGAUAUUUUCAGUUUUUUCAGAGGGCAAAGACUCGAAGGAACAAGAAGCGCUUGUAACCUGCUUUCAGUCACAUAAUGGAGAAGCAACUGAGAUUCCUUUAGAAAUUCUGUAUACCCCUGAUCUCUCGGAGCAGUGUCUAAAAACAAUGACAGAUCUACCGAAGAUUUUGGUCCAAGAAGAAGAAGACAGCGCAGAAGCUUGUAAAAAUCACCCAGAUUUGAUGGCUACUAUUCACAAUAGUGCAGUUCAUACAAGGGCUUUGGCGCAUAUAACGGAUAUUGUAACGAGACCAUUGUUGUCAACAUUUGAGACAAGGCUGGCGCUGAACAAAACCCGGGCUAUGUACUUGCAGAAACAACUUGCUGAAUUACAAAACAUGUAUACAGAAUCAAUGAAACUUUAAAAGUCUGAAUGAAAAGGGUAAGAAACGACGUUAAGCGGAUCAAAAAAGUACACUGUUGUACAGGAAGUGUCUAUUAUUUGAAACAAAUCUUGAAUGUGAUAUUCGUCGUAAUACCCGUAUCGUUUCCUAAUCUAAUGUUAGACACUGCUAUUUUUUAAUUAAAUAUACGGUUUACUUACAAGCUCUUAGCAAUAGUCUGAAUUCUGUAUUAACACUAGGAUGUAUAUUAACUCUCUUUAGUGUAA